AUGGCUCAAAUUCAGGAUAUGUCAUACCGUUGGAUAUACGGCGGCGGGUCUUACUCCUCAACAAAUAGGAAGUUGGAUUCCCUGUUGCUCAAACUCCCCGUCGAUAUCUUGCUCAUCAUCCACUCAUUCCUCCCCACGGGCAGUCAGCUGUGUCUUCUAACCACCUGCCACGGUAUUAAAAGAUUAUUAGAGUAUACCAGCGUCCCAUUCUCUCAGCUUCCAGUUGCGAAAAAGCGAGAGUACAAGAUGCUUGUCGUCCGACAAUUUCCUAAUGCCUGGCUUACUGGCCGAACACUACGUUUCCGAGAGUUUCACGCGAAAGACCUCUGCCCGCAACUAAAAGGCCCUCCGUACAAAGACCAACCAGGAUGGAAUAAAGACACGCUCAGGCAAUUCGAGGAAGGAGCCUUGUUGAUAAAACAUAGGCAUGUUCAGAUGAGCCUCAAAUAUGACCGCUUGGAAAAGAAACCCCAUCAACAGAAGUCGUUCCUCAAGACCCUCCUGGAGCCAUAUCACACUGAUUUCUCACCGGGUUUAGAAAUGCACCCGUUGGACAAGUUUGGAGCAGUAGGCCACUUUGAGUCUCAUUCGAAACUCAUCUCUAAUCGAUAUCUUCUUUUCAACCAAUGGACCUUCACCAACCCCUGGAAAGACAGAACGAUCGUACUUGGCGAACUCGGACGCUUUGGAGCUUGCGAACAUCAGCGGUGUGGAGGGACCUUGGGACUGAAGACUCGCAUUGGACUACGGUUUGGCGAACACAAGUAG